UAUGCGACAGGAGGAUUUUGUUGAUUGAUACUACCAUAAAAAACUCUAGUUUAGUUGAAUAGUUGGUGUGUGCAUGCUGUGGUCGUGUUGUGGUGGAAGGCUUGUCGUGCACAACUUACAAUCCUUCUCCAAGAAGUGUAUACAAUGCAGAAGUCUUAUGAAGCAGUCAUUAUCUAAACAAGAAGAUUAACCACUUCCAGGCUGGUUCUACUCCGGUUUCUGUCCACACGUUGUGCGGCUGUGACAGUAACACACACAGUGACAAUGGGUAAGACUCAACGCCAGGCAAAAACUAAGUCCGAAUUCGGUACAGCAUCGGCAUCCUCAUCGUCAGCUGAGGUUAGUCCCAAGACGUCUAGAAAAAGAAGCCGUCGAUCUAGUUCCAGUAAGAGCAAGAAGAGUCACAAAAGGAGCAAACAUGAAAAGACAAAGACGAGAAGAAAAAACUGGUCUGCUGAUUUGGACAAGAGGUUUAAGAUAAUGAAGUCAGCUGUGGAAGAUGUCAUAGAGAACAAGAUGACAAUACGCAACGCCGCAGAGAAAUGGGAUGUGAAGCGUUCUACACUGGCUGACCGUGUCUCGGGUAAAGUUGGCAUCGGUAGAAGAAGCGGUCCACCAUCAAUCCUAACCAGGGCAGAGGAACAGAUGCUGGCAGAGUGGAUUAUAAGUAUGGCCCAUCGAGGCUACGGAGUCAACAAGAAGAAACUCCUGAAGACUGUAAAGAAGAUUUUGGACAAGGACAAGCGGAAGACGAUUCUUAAGAAGCACCGGAACAUGCCUGGGAACAAGUGGUACCGUCAGUUUGUGAAGAGGAACCCGCAAGUUGGAAUGGUAUCAUGUAGCCAGGGUAGGCUCAAGAUGGAUUUAACCAGUGAGAACCUACCCCAGCCAACUGCUGGUGUGAAUAUCGAAGCCCUUAAAACUCUUGAAGCGAUGGUUUCAGACACGGACACUGACAGCGAGUACGAGUCGGACUCUGAGGCCGAAUCAGAGGAAUCGGAGGAGAGCGAGGCUGAAUCGGUGUCGCAGAGUUUGAACCAGAAUGGUUUCGGAACUGAAGUGGAGGUUGUCCCAGAAUCGGAAGUGUACCAAGAAUUGGACGAUGAAACGCUACUUGAAUUAACAGUGGAGCCUGUCAUUUCAGUCGGCAAUACAGUCACAAUCACAACGUCAGAGUGAAUAUAGUUAUUCUAUCUGGUACAGGCUGUCCUUAAAAACUCAGCAGUUUUCUGUGUCUGGCUAAAAGGAUCUAUUAACUGGUAAUUACACAAGUCCAUCACCUUUUUCACUGGUCCAUAAUUCCAAAUGAACUAGGGAUGCUUUUCAACACUGAAGUAGCCAGUUUCCAGUUGGACCCGGGGUGAAUCUUGACUAGUGCUCUACCUUAACAGUGCUCCACUGGCAAACUACCAGUUCAAACACCCGAGUACCAGUCAGAUUUAACUCCCAGUGGAUUGUAUACUUCCUGCAAAUGCGAUACCAAUUUUGAAGGUUAAUUUGCAACAGUAGACUUGUGCUCAAUUCCUGCAAAACAUUCGUUGCGAAACAUCUCUGUGACGUCACAAUUUGCAUCACAUUCGCAGGAAGUAUCAUCCGGCUUUAGUCUUUUCAGCAUUAAAGACAGUGGACACUUUUGGUAAUUGUCAAAGACUAGUCUUCACAGUUGGUUUAUCUCAACAUUUGAG